GGAAAACUGGUCAUUGUAGGCCAUCACCGUUGUCCGCUGAUUGUAUUUAUCUCUGGGUUAAAGUCCAUUCGAGUUUCAAAACUUUUGAACUGUUGUAGCUGGACUCUCACCUCAAUCGUUUCUCCAACGUCGAUCGACUCGUUUAUGUUCAGGAUGUCUUUGAGCCAGGUGAUUAGUAGGUCAGUGAGACAAGCAGCAGUCAGGUCUUUUUCUUCUCAAGCUGCAGUACCAAAUGGCUACAAUUUCCAGCUUUCUGAGACGCAGCGAGAAAUGCAGGAACUUGCCAGGAAGUUCACAAGAGAAGAAAUAAUUCCUGUAGCUGCGGAGCACGAUAGAACUGGAAAAUUCCCAUGGGAAAUUGUCAAGAAAGCCUGGGGUCUGGGACUCAUGAACGGACACAUUCCACAGCAUUGCGGUGGUAUUGGAAUGAAUACGUUUGAUUCUUGUAUGAUUGGAGAGGAACUUGCAUACGGAUGCUCUGGUAUUGCUAGUGGCAUUGGAUCCACAAAAUUAGGACAAAUGCCUGUGAUUAUUGCUGGAACUAAAGAACAACAAAAGAAAUACUUGGGAAGACUCAUUGACGAACCACUUCUAGCGGCCUACUGUGUAACCGAACCUGGGGCUGGAUCUGACGUAAGCGCCAUUAAAACUCGAGCAGAGAAAAAAGGAAAUGAAUGGGUUAUCAAUGGCACUAAAAUGUGGAUAACAAAUGGCGGUGUUGCCAAUUGGUACUUUGUUCUGGCUCGCACUAAUCCAGACCCUAAAGCACCGACUAGUAAGGCAUUUACUGGUUUCAUCGUUGAGCGGGAUACCCCGGGUCUAACUCCUGGACGUAAAGAAAUGAAUAUGGGGCAAAGAGCAUCUGAUACCCGCAUGAUCACAUUUGAAGAUGUACGUGUCCCACAGGAGAAUGUCUUGCUCGGUGAGGGUCAAGGUUUCAAGAUUGCAAUGGGAGCUUUUGACAAAACUCGUCCUCCGGUUGCGUCUGGUGCAGUUGGACUGGCGCAAAGAGCACUGGACGAAGCUACCAAGUAUGCUCUGGAACGAAAAACUUUCGGCAAACCCAUUGCCGAACAUCAGGCAGUAGCUUUCCUGUUGGCUGAUAUGGCGAUUGGAAUCGAAACAGCUCGGCUAGCUUGGAUGAAAGCUGCUUGGGCUGUCGAUAACGGCCAAAGGAACACCUUUCUAGCCAGUAUUGCUAAAUGUUAUGCCGCAGACGUGGCUAAUAAGUGCGCCACAGAUGCAGUACAGAUAUUUGGCGGCUGUGGUUUCAACACUGAAUACCCUGUAGAGAAACUAAUGAGAGACGCUAAGAUUUAUCAAAUAUACGAAGGUACAGCUCAAAUUCAAAGAAUGAUUAUAUCACGUGCUUUAUUGUCAGAGGCUCAACAAGGUGGUAAAUGAUCAAAUCAUAUCAAUCACAUGUACAAAUCAUAAUAAUAUCUCAUUGCACCAAUAAUGCUGAGAUAAUUCUCAAUGCAUCAUUGUUUCCACCAAUACAAUUGUACAUACAAAAUUUCUUACAGAAUUCAUAAUGCUAAUGAAAUAGCGUGUGUCUUAAAUAUGGCCGUUUAGUGAGAUAAGGCUCACAAAAAAUAUAUAUUUUUUAUUCUCUUUA